AAAGUGCACACAGGAAGCCGUUUGUGCACAAACCUCUCCUCCAUGGUCUCGGACCGACGCACGCCACGAUGCAGCAGCGGUGUUACGGCAAAGCCCCGGCCCGGCUGCGGGUCCGGCUCUUCGGCGUGUUGUGUGUUCUGGCGUUCGGUGCCGCACCUGUAGCGUCACACCCGCAGUGUUUGGACUUUAAGCCGCCUUUCCGCCCGCUGCGGGAGCUGGAGUUCUGCGUCAUGUACAAGGAGUUUGGCUGCUGUGAUUAUGAGAAGGACCAGGAGCUGAUGGGAAAGUUCUACCGCGUUAUGGAUAAUUUCGAUUAUUAUGGUUACGCCAAUUGUGCUGGGUUCGUGCUGGAGCUGCUCUGCCAGGAAUGCUCUCCAUAUGCUGCUCACCUUUAUGAUGCUGAGGUCCGGAGCACCCCGAUCAGGACCAUCCCCGGCCUCUGUCCUGACUACUGCUCCCAGUUUUGGAAAAAGUGCAGCGCCACCAUCCCUUACCUGUCCGUGGACCCACAUAUUGCCAGAGUCGCAGAUGACCAGACACGUCUCUGCCAGUACCUGGACCUGGACGACCCCGACUACUGCUACCCACACCUCCUGAGCAACCAGAAGCUCACCCAGAAUCUGGGCCGGGUUCAGUCGGACACAGACGGCUGUCUGCAGCUUUGCCUUGAAGAAGUCGCCAAUGGGCUGCGGAACCCGCUGGCCAUGGUGCACGCAAACGAUGGCACGCAUCGGUUCUUUGUGGCCGAGCAGGUGGGCUUGGUGUGGACGUACCUUCCUGAUAGGUCCAAACUGGAGAAGCCAUUUUUGAAUAUUACCAAGGCAGUGUUAACGUCAGCAUGGGAAGGUGAUGAAAGAGGCUUUCUGGGACUCACCUUUCACCCCAAGUACAAGUUCAAUGGAAAGCUGUAUGUGUAUUACUCCGUGGAGGUGGGUUUUGAUGAGAGGAUCAGGAUCAGUGAGUUCCACGUGUCAGCCAGUGACAUGAAUGUGGUGGAUCACACCUCUGAGCGGGUUAUUCUGGAGAUCGAUGAACCAGCAUCCAAUCACAACGGAGGGCAGCUUCUAUUUGCAGAUGAUGGCUACUUAUACGUUUUCACAGGUGAUGGUGGAAUGGCGGGAGACCCAUUUGGGAAAUAUGGGAAUGCCCAGAACAAGUCAGCUCUACUGGGUAAAGUUCUUCGCAUUGAUGUGAAUGACAACGAGAGAGGCCCGUUGUACAGAAUCCCUCCAGAUAAUCCCUUUGUACAUGAGCGGGGGGCACGACCUGAAGUUUACGCUUAUGGUGUCCGUAAUAUGUGGAGGUGCUCUGUGGACCGGGGUGACUCUUGGACCAAGGAGGGCAAAGGGCGGAUCUUCUGCGGGGAUGUGGGCCAGAACAAGUUCGAAGAGAUCGACAUCAUUGAGAAAGGUCGAAACUACGGCUGGAGAGCCAAAGAGGGCUUCUCCUGCUACGAUAAGAAGCUGUGCGCCAACAGCUCACUAGAUGAUGUCCUCCCGAUAUACGCGUACCCUCACAAGAUGGGAAAGUCAGUGACUGGAGGCUAUGUGUACCGAGGCUGUGAAUACCCCAACAUGAACGGCAUGUACAUAUUUGGAGACUUUAUGAGCGGGCGUUUGAUGAGUCUGCGGGAGGACAGAGGCACAAAGAAAUGGACGUACAGUGAGAUCUGUAUGGGGAUGGGCCUGACCUGCGCCUUCCCUGGACUUAUCAACAACUACCACCAGUACAUCAUCUCCUUUGCAGAGGAUGAAGCUGGUGAGCUGUACUUCAUGUCGACUGGAGUCCCGAGUGCUACGUCCCCUUCAGGAGUCAUUUAUAAAGUGGUGGACCCCUCAAGACGUGCUCCACCAAGACAGUGUCACUACGACCCUCUUCCUGUCAGAGUGAAAAGUACCCUGAUCAAGUUUGUCCCUCAGGAAACAUUAAUCGGCCUUGAGCCCAAAGUCCAGCCUGAUCCAGAACCCACAGAGUCCUAUGACUGGCUUCAGGAGCUCAUUGACCGUCUCGCAGCACCAGACCUGACUACACCUUCACCAACCACGACCAAACCGCCCAGACAACCGAGGCGGAAAGGCAGACGCAGGAAGAACAAAUCCAGAACAGAGAGCGCGGCCGAGAUCCAGAACGGAGCGGUGAGGCUGGUCGGGGAUGAAGAAGGCCGCAGUGACCGUGGACGCGUGGAGGUCUACGUUAACAGGGCGUGGGGCACCGUGUGUGAUGACCUGUGGACCACCAAGAAUGCUGCGGUGGUCUGCCGGCAGCUGGGCUUCAGGUACGCUCUGAAGGCGGCCAAGAACUCAGAGUUCGGGGAGGGGAAGGAUCUGCAGAUUGUCCUGGAUGAUGUCCAGUGUGAAGGGACAGAGUCCAGUCUGCUGGACUGCAAACACGCUGGCGUGGGGACACAUAACUGUGCCCAUUAUGAAGACGCAGGAGUGAUCUGUGGCAACUCAGACUAUGUUAUAGAAGUCUAAUAUGUUUGAGUUUAAAAAAAUCUGAGCUAAUGAUCAUCAACUAAAACUCUUAAAAAUUGAAAGUGGUAUUUUCAGUGUUCCCAUGAAUGAGCACACCGAACAUGACAUUUUCAGCAGCUACAAUAGAAUUGAAUGGUAUAAACCCUCUGAACCCCAAUAUUUUCUUUAAAAGAACACCAAAAAUAUAUAAUUUAUCAUAGAAAUAAACUAUAAAAACAGGUGUUGUUGUCAAAAUGUUUCAUCAGUCCUUGAACAGAUCAUAGGUUGUGAAAGAUUCCAUUAGAAAAAGUAACCAAAACAAAGCUUAAAAUUGUGAUAUUUCUGUUAAAAUCACUUUAUUCUAUAUCUCAUUAAAAACCGUUUGGAAUAACUAAAAACCCUGUUAAAACAUUAAAUUCUGCUCCUCAGUGACACUGUGAAGCCAUGAUUGAUUUUGCUGAGAUGAACGGUCACGUGAUAAAUGUUCACUGAAAAUCUGUUUACACAGAGCAGAGGGGAGAGGACAAGAGAGGUUGCGAGUAGAGGUUGUAAAAAUGCAAAUAUAAUAUAUGAUAUAUGAUAUUAUACAGUGUUAAUCUGCACAAAAUAAUUCCCUAAUAAAAAAUAAUGCCAUGAUUGUGCUGAUUCAAGAGAGGUGCGGGACUUCUAUAUUGCAGUGUAAUACAAAGCCAGUGAGUAAAAUGUAAAAAGAACAAAAAAAUGCCAUGAAACAGCUUCAGAGGUUCAGUGGGUUGAUGUGCUUGAAAAUUGCUGUGUUGGUUUUCAGUCUAUAAUAAAAAAAAAAUGAUUAAAAAGAAGAAGUAUUUUAGAAAACAGUCCAGUUUGCUAUGAAUAAGAAAUAUGGCACACAGAAUGUAAAAUGUUUGGAAAUCAAUCUAAAGCAGGAAGUGAUGUCGCUUCAGGACAACAUUCCAGAGGUUGUCUCUGAGGUUAACAGCUGGGCUGCAUUGAUGUAACCAUGUCCAUGGCUUUUAGUUGCCAGUAAAUGUUUAUAGAAGAGUUUAUUUUUAAUUGUCCACCACAGACUUGAAUGUAUCAUUUGAAUGUAUGUGUGGCACUGAUAUUACACAUUAAGUCUUUGCCUUCUCACUGAUUUGUUACGGUAACAAAUUUGAAUGUCACACUACCGUGCCCACAGAAUGAAUGUAUCGCUGUAUGAUGAUGUUGUAAUUUUAGUAAAUAAUUUUAAUAAAAGAUUGUUGUACUUGCUUCCACACACA